AUGGCUGCUAAGUUCAUCGUUCUCGCUGUUAUGGUAGCCGCCGCACGAGCUGGCGGGGUAAUUGGUAAUAAAGCUCGUGGUAGCAUUGCCGGUGGAGCUAUCGGUGGCGUUGCCAAUGCUGGUGAUCAUUCAAAUUUCUCCUAUGGCGUUAAAGAUCCAAACACGGGUGAUGUCAAAGACCAACACGAGAGGCGCGUCGGCGACAGCGUAGUUGGCCAGUAUUCACUUCUGGAAUCUGAUGGCACCAAACGCGUGGUCGAGUAUUCGGCAAAUCCCCAAACCGGAUUUAAUGCUGUUGUUCGUAAAGAAGGCGUCGCUGUCCAUCCACCGUCUCCAGUGCAGCCUGGAAAUCCACUUACUGGUCCUUUGGGAUACGGAGCUAGCGAUUCACCUUUCGCUUAUACAGGACCACAUGCGUCUCCUCUGGCUCAUAAUCCUGCUGUGAACCCAUUGGCCUACAAUGCCCGUAAUUCUUUAGCUCAUCGUGCUCCUUUCAAUUCUUUGGCUUAUGGUUCAAAUCCUUUAGCUUUCGGAGGUCAUGUAAAUCCCUCAGCGUAUGGUGCUCAAGCGAAUCCAUUGAGCUAUGCUCAUGGAUUAGACUUCAAUGCUCUUCGAGGUGCAUAUGCUGGUCUGCCUGGCCCACAUGGUCCUUAUGGUUCUUAUGGAACUCCUCUUGCACACAGUGCUUUUGGUGCUCCUCUUGUGAACCAUUUCGGAGCUCAUGGGGUCGCAUCUGAUACAAGAUUCGGCUGGUAAAUAAAUAUUUCAUAUUUAUUACGAUUUCUAUGUGAAUGACUGUGGUUAUGGUAAAUUAAACAAUUCAGAGCUAAAUAUAUUAUUUGUUUCAUUAACCGUCAACGCGACUAUUUUUUAUUUAUUUAAUGUAGCUAUGCAAAUAAAUUUAUGUAAGAUUUUGACUUAUGUGAACAUAUUCUCUGAAUGUAUACAGAAGACUGCAUUAUACUCACAUUAUUUAUUAAACGUUAUUUUUUGAAAAUUUAUUGUAAAUAUAGACAAAUUAUUCUAGUAAUUUGGAUGAUCCACAUUUGUUCUCAGAGUUGUUUAUUUUUAAAUGUAUGUUAGUAUACAUGUCAAAAUAGAUAAAACGAUUUAGAUCCGUAUUUUUGUUAGAAAGCACGUUUUUGUUUGUGUUGUUCUUAAAUAAAAAUAGUUCAGGCGUUCCCUGAGAGCAUGUGUGAAAAUUUUUAUAUUUGUCACCGGAGGUCAUCUAAUAUUUAAUAGUAAUAGAUCAAUUUCGCAUUGACAAUACUAUAUAUUAUAUUGAUAGAAAAUGUUUUAAUGUGUUCGCCAUAUUUGAGGUUCCGUUUUCGAUUCCUGGCCAAUAUUGGAAUUCUGUAUAGUCUGGGUG